GAGAGAGAGAGACAGUGAGUGAGAGCGAGAGAGCUGAGCGUUCAUUGAGCUCCACUGAGCUUUCAGGUUUUGGGGAUGUCAGGGUGUCACCAUCUUUACGCACGGGCACGGUUUUACCGUUUCACUUUACGCGUCGCUGCUUUCAGCUUCAGUCAUGCUUGGUGCUCUGUUUGGUCUCUUCUAAAUACUAAAUGUCGGCUGUGUUUUGACACACAAGUCGACGAACUGUCUGGGACUUCUGCUGACUUAUCUGUCGAGCUUGCAGAUUUGUCGUUUGUUUUUUUGGGGGGGGGGGUUUUCCGCGAUUUUUGGUCCGAGUCGCUGCGGUCGGAGCUCAGGAAAACUUCUCAGGAUGGACGUACCGGUGUUCAUUUUGCUCAUCGGUUUGAGCCAGUCUAAAGCACUGAUGGGCAACAGGGUGGAAGCAGGGGCUCGAUGCCCCCUCGGCCACUUCCCAUGCGGGAACUUGAGCGAGUGCCUCCCUCAGGCUCUGCAGUGUAACGGACACAAAGAAUGUCCCAAUGGAGCUGAUGAGCUGCGCUGUGGGGACAACAUCGGAUGGGCAGACUUAAUUGGUCUAACAAUACUGAAUGCCAUUCCUGUGAACCAGUCCUCCCUGAAUGAGUGUUUCUUGCAGGAGUAUCCAGAGAGUUGUGACUGCAUACGGACAGAUGUGGAGUGCGUGGAGGUCGGCCUGCAGGAUGUUCCUCCGCUUUCUCCAAACAUCACCUUUCUGACGCUGAAAAGCAACAAGAUCCGAGUGUUGUCGGAUUUUGUUUUCUCAGAAUACUCUGCCCUGGAGAGACUGUUUCUGCAAAACAACAGCCUCCAGGUCAUAUCCAAGCAUGCCUUUGUUGGUCUGCACAAUUUAAAGAGGUUGUUUCUCAGUGAUAACUUUAUAUCCUCCCUUAAUCCUGGUGUGUUCAGGGACCUCAACCAAUUAGAAUGGCUGAUGUUGGAUCAUAACCCACUGAGGACCUUGUCCCAGGACACCUUCAUUGGGCUCCAGUCUCUCAUAUUCCUGUCCAUGGUGAACACGUCUCUGCAGCAGCUCCCUCAUCCGAGCUUCUGUCAACACAUGCCUGCCUUGGACUGGCUGGAUCUAGAGGGAAACCAGAUUCAAACUCUUAACUACUCCAUCCUGAAGACGUGCAGCAAACUUGAAGUUCUGUUACUAAUGGACAACAGGAUCAGAAGAGUCCCUGAAAACACCUUCCAGUCCCUGUGGAAGCUAGCUGAACUGAAUCUGUCCACCAACAGGAUCAGGGAGCUGUCAAAAAACACCUUUAAGAGUCUCUCCAAGUCUCUCCUUAAACUAAACAUCUCCUACAAUCCUUCUCUCCACAUUCACCCGAGUCACUUCAGCCACCUGACUCAUCUUCAGUCUCUAGCACUGGAGGGGAUUGAAAUUGAAGAUAUUCAGACGAAGAUGUUUCUGUCGAUGAAGAACCUCUCCCACAUCUACUUUAAAAAGUUCCAGUACUGUUCCUAUGCACCACAUGUCAGGUCCUGUAAGCCCAACACUGACGGCAUCUCGUCUUUUGAGAACCUUCUGGCUAACAUCGUGUUGCGGGUGUCUGUCUGGGUCAUGGCCUUCAUCACCUGCUUCGGUAACCUCUUCGUCAUUGGCAUGAGGUCGCUGAUACGUGCAGAGAACAACCUCCAUGCUGCCUGCAUCAAAGUCCUCUGCUUUGCAGACUGCCUCAUGGGAGUGUACCUGUUUUUCGUGGGAGUGUUUGAUGUAAAAUUCCGUGGGCAGUACAAUCGAAACGCCCUGCUGUGGAUGGAGAGCAUCGAGUGUCGCAUCAUUGGGUUCCUGGCCAUGCUUUCCUCAGAGGUGUCUGUCCUCCUCCUGACCUACCUGACUCUGGAGAAGUUCCUGGUCAUUGUUUUCCCCUUCAGCAAUCUGCGGCCAAGCAAACUUCAGACAGGGGUGGUCCUGGCGUCCAUCUGGAUGCUGGGGUUCAUUAUUGCCGCCGUGCCCCUAAUGAACGAGAACGUCUUCGGGAACUACUACGGACGUAAUGGGGUCUGCUUUCCGCUGCACUCUGACAGGCAAGAAAAACCUACUGCCAAAGGAUAUUCCACAGGGAUUUUUCUGGGCCUAAACCUGGUGGCAUUCCUGGUGAUCGUCUUCUCCUACUCCAGCAUGUUUUACUCCAUCUAUAAAACCGGCAUCAAUGCCACAGACCUGAGGAGCAGACUGCACAGAGAUGUCGCUGUGGCCAACAGGUUCUUCUUCAUUGUGUUCUCUGACGCCCUCUGCUGGAUUCCCAUAUUUUUAGUCAAAGUCCUCUCACUGUUGGAGGUGGAGAUACCAGGCACAAUCUCCAGCUGGGUUGUCAUCUUCAUCCUUCCCAUCAACAGUGCCUUGAACCCCAUCCUGUACACCUUAACCACCAGCUUCUUCAGAGAGCAGGUGGAGGUCUUACUCUGUCGCUGGCAGAGAAGGCACAUCUUGAAGAAAGACAGCAAGAGCCUCACCUCCUCCACGGUGUUCAUGGAGGCAUCACGGGCCGCCUGCUACCAGCCGCCCGCCUACCUCCAGCGGGUGUCACUGAUCAGCGCAGAUCCUCGCUACGCCUGAGAGAGCAUGUUUUGCAAACUACAGUCGUGGACGUACAUGACAUCGCAUGUUUUAAUGAGACAAACUUCCAGGAAAUAAUCAGCAGUCACUGGGAUGUGUCAUCAUGCUCUGACAUUCGUAACGUGAUACUUUUUCCCCUGACAUAGACAUAUGAGGAGCACCUGGGAGGUACGUGUCAAAGUCACUCCGACAAGUGAGGAACUACAGACUUUAAGGUUAACUCUGUGCUACUUGAGCUACAAUUGCUCCCAUGUUUACAUGCUCAUGUGGCCACACAUUUGAUAUUUUUCCUGGUGAGGGUACAAUACAAUGAAAACACGAACAACAACGAGGUGGCUGAAAGGAUAUAAGUAUGUGCUGCACACAUUGCUGCACCCUGAGGAAGAUCACACAAGACUUAAUGUCCUCAGUCAAGCAAGGAAAGUGCUCAUUGAGUUUAUGGAGCUGGAAGACAAGCGGCCGAAUAUCCGUUUUAUCUCACAGUCUGUUUUUUUAUGGAGAAACUGAAAGAUGAGGCUCUCAGAUGUGAUGUUCAUCGGACACUGAGCUGAGAAACGGGUUCAAGGAUAAAAGGUGUCAUUCAAAAAACAAAAGAAGCAUGAAAUGAGUCUUGGACUGUCAAAGGUGUAGCACUCAAACAGCGUUGAUGGAAUCACAAUGCCGGCAUAAAAGACAUGAGAAUGACUCAGCAUUUGCACUCAGUUUUACUUUAAUGUGUGUGAAAAUAAUGCAUUUGUUAAAUGCCAAAAUCCAGGUUGCCUUUUAUUAUUUUUGUGUCAUCUGCCCAUUAAAAUGCAAAUUCAAAGUCAGUCAGUCAGUCAUAAUUUUAAUCAUCUUUAAUGGCACAAAUCGAAAUAAAAACACAAUUUAAGGCAUACAUUUAUUAUGCCGUCCAAAUAAUUCAUGACAUUCAUUCCUCUCUCUUUGUACCCACUGAUUAAUCAUUUGUUUUCAGCCAUUUUAUAUUGAAUCUACUUAUUCACAGAAAAAGAAUUUCUGUGCCACUGUCCAUGUCACUUUCUAGUCUGUUCUAUUUUUUUUUGUUUAGUGUUUUUGCCUCUUUACCUUGUGUGUUUUUGUACUGAUGACUUUUUACUUGAACUACAGAACAACAAAUAAUAAUGACAGGGAAGGAGAAAAGGAAAGUCAUGUAGGUAAAUAAAAAGGGUGGUUUAGUAAUUGGCAAAGUUUCUCCUCAGCAGUGGAGCACCCCCUGAUGAAAUAAGGACUAUAAUUUCCCAUUAUGCUGUAUAAAUGUGCAUAUGUUUAUUUUUAUUGUACAAAAUUUGGUACAUGAGAAUGUUUUCUCUGUGUAUGUUAUGUACUGUAUAUAUAUCUGUGUUUGCUGGAGUUUAUUGGCUCCCCCGGUGUCUUUCUGACUGAAACAAUAAAAAAGACAUAAACAAA